GGCCUGGGUGGUGGACUGGGAUCCAGCGGUGCUCUGGGCCCGCAGCCCGUGUGCUCUCAGACCGCGGAGCCGGCAUGGGCUGGAGCGCCUGGCCGGCACGAUGAGUGCCCUGGGCAGCCCCGUGCGGGCCUAUGACUUCCUGCUCAAGUUCCUCCUGGUGGGCGACAGCGAUGUGGGUAAGGGCGAGAUCCUGGCAAGCCUGCAAGACGGAGCGGCCGAGUCCCCAUAUGGCCACCCAGCAGGGAUUGACCACAAGACAACCACCAUCCUGCUAGACGGGCGACGGGUGAAGCUGCAGCUGUGGGACACAUCAGGGCAGGGAAGAUUCUGCACCAUAUUCCGCUCCUACUCAAGAGGCGCACAGGGUGUGAUCCUGGUCUAUGACAUUGCAAACCGCUGGUCCUUCGAUGGCAUCAAUAGGUGGAUUAAGGAGAUUGAUGAGCAUGCACCUGGUGUACCCCGGAUCCUGGUGGGGAACCGCUUGCACCUAGCGUUCAAGCGGCAAGUGCCAACUGAGCAGGCCCGUGCCUAUGCUGAGCGCCUGGGUGUGACCUUCUUUGAGGUCAGCCCCUUGUGCAACUUCAACGUAACAGAGUCCUUCACAGAGCUGGCCAGAAUUGUGCUGUUGCGGCACGGCAUGGACCGACUCUGGCGACCCAGCAAAGUGCUGAGCUUGCAGGACCUGUGCUGCCGAGCUGUGGUGUCCUGCACACCCGUGCACCUGGUGGACAAGCUGCCGCUGCCCCUGGCCCUGCGGAGCCAUCUGAAGUCCUUCUCAAUGGCCAAUGGCCUAAAUGCCAGGAUGAUGCACGGCCGCUCCUACUCUCUCACAGCCAGCACCCCGCACAAGAGAACCAGCUUGCGCAAGGCCAAGACUGCCCGCGCCCCACAGAGCCCUCCAGGAAACUGCGCCAGAAACAGCUGCAAGGUCUCUUAGGGAGUUCCCCAAGAGACAGAGUGCCUUUCCGGAGAAGCCUCGCACACUUUCCCCGGGACACAACCAGGCCAGACUCAGGACACAGCUUCCAGCUUGGCAGC